AUGGGCAUCAAUACAUUGCUGCCAUUUUUGAAGGACGUUACCGUUAAAGUUAACAUUGAAUCGCUUAAUGGACAAUCAGCGGCAGUCGACGCUUCAUGUUGGAUACAUAGAGCACUUUCUACCAGGUAUAAACAAAACGGCAAUGAUUCCAGGUGAGGUUUUAAUUUUAUCAUAUUAAAUAUGUUCAUUUUGAAAACAGUGGGUUUUUAAAUAGUUCCUAUAUUCAUUGUUCUAGAUUGCAAGGCAUCCUUGAGUUGUAUAUCGAUAUCCUGCAACGAAGCGGGAUAAAACCUUUCAUAGUGUUUGAUGGCUUGCCAUUGCUGGCUAAAGAAAAGUAAUGAGCGAAGAGGACGUGGUAUAUUAAAUUAUUGUCAUUUUGUAUAUAAUAUCAGAUGUGCGAAUUACAAAAUAUGUAAAUCGUGUAAACAUGUAAAUCAAAGCAUUCUCUCACAAAUGCACAAAUGAUGUCAUUAUUAAAGGAAACAAAACAAAGCGAGGACCAAAGCAGCAGAACACAUGCAGAAAGGAGAAACAUCGGCAGCAAACAAGUUAUUGGUAGGAUCUGCACAGAUUGCAUAUGCCAUGACAACAACAUUCAUCAGAGUAAGUUGUGCAUUGUUGUGCAUUUAGAAUUUAGAUGCUAGUUUUACAAUUCCCAUAUAUGUGAAUAUAUACGGAAUUCAUCACAACUGGGAAAUGUUUUGUUAUUCUUUUAGUUAUGUCGCUACAAAAACAUCGACUACAUCGUCGCUCCAUACGAGGCUGACUCACAGAUUGCAUUUCUGACAAGAAAUGGACACGUGGAUUUGCUAUCAAUGAGGAUUCAGAUUUAUUAG